GGUGUCCUAAAGGUGCAUGAGCGUGAUGCAACAACAAGCAGGGACAAUAGUCCAUGUUCAACGAGUCAACACCGCUCCGAAGUGUGUACCAUUGCUUUGGGCACUGAAUGAGAGGAGCCUUGAUUUCUUGGUUGCGUUCCCAUGGCGUCAACUAUGGAGAAGCGAAUAACCCCUUGGCUUUGGAGCAUGCUUCCGUCUGGAUGCAGAGACCAAUUCGGGGCAAGCUGCGAGACGGACCGAACGGGAGGUGGAAGAGAGCGAUGGUGGAGAAACUUUCGAGGUCGAGCGCAGUUGACUCGAGUCGUUCGCCUGCUCAGCGCUCACAAAUAGGCUGGGGGCAUGCCUCUACUGUACUUGGUAAGCUUGCUUCGAGAUGCGGAGGCGAUGGCGAGAGCAGGCGGUACGAGAAGCGGAAGGAGCCAAAGUGGAUGGGCAGGAGAAAUGAGGUCUUGACCGAGAAGGGUGAUUCAGAGGAGUGACUUGAUCAUCCUGACUCGUUCGAUGAAGCGUGGGUAAAGCUGGCAGCCAGGAUGCAAGCGAAGUCGAGGAGUUACG